AUGAGCAACUUGAAAGUAUUCGAUGCUGCUGAAGUCGCUCAGCACAACAGCAACAAGAGUUGUUGGGUCAUCCUUUAUGGCAAGGUUUACGAUGUGACCGACUUUGUAGCCAAUCACCCGGGAGGCGCAAAGGUGAUUCUCAGGCUUGCUGGUAAAGAUGCGACUGAGGAGUUCGACCCAGUUCACCCAGAGGGGACUCUGGAAGAAAGUCUCAAGCCAGAGGCUUUGCUAGGCACUGUAGACCCUACAACCGUUCCUAAGGAAGCGGACAAGCCAGCAACUUCACAGACAGCCCAAGAACAUCCUCCUAUUGAGUCCCUUCUCAAUCUCGAUGAGAUCGAACAGCUCGGAACAGCAAAGAUCAACAAGAAAGCUUGGGCAUACUACUACUCAGCCGCGGACGACAAACUCUCUAAGCGCUGGAACACGGAGGCCUAUCGCUCUAUUCUCCUGCGUCCUCGAGUCUUUAUUGAUUGUCAGGAGUGUAGCCUCGAGACAAAAUUGCUAGGCAAUCAGGUGUCUAUGCCCAUUUACGUGUCUCCUGCGGCACAAGCCCGUUUAGGACAUCCAACUGGCGAGGCGGGUAUCGCGGAGGCUUGCCGCAGCUUUGGAACUCUACAGAUUAUCUCAAAUAGUGCCUCUAUGACACCGGAACAGAUCGUGGAGCACGCUUCCCCAGACCAAGUAUUUGGAUGGCAGCUCUAUGUGCAGGACGACCGAAGCAGGAGCGAAAAGAUGAUCGCUCGGGUUAACAAACUGAAAAUGAUUAAAUUCAUAGUGCUCACGCUUGAUUCCCCGGUCAUGGGCAAGAGAGAAGAUGAUCUGCGUGGUGGUAAUGUCCUCGAUGAGUUGACAGAAGAGCACGACAAGGACUUUUCGAACAAGUCUCAAGACAAGCAAGUAUUUUUCGGACUUGAUCCUACUUUGACCUGGACGGAGACCCUUGGAUGGUUGAGCAAGCAUACAAGUCUUCCAGUUAUUAUCAAGGGCGUUCAGACUCACGAGGAUACCUAUAUCGCAUCUUUGCAUCUACCUCAAGUGAAGGGCGUGAUUCUUUCUAACCACGGCGGCAGAUCUAUGGAUACAGCCCCUCCAGCUUUGCAUACUCUACUUGAGAUCAGGAAAUACUGUCCAGAGGUCUUUGACAAGAUUGAAGUCUGGGUUGACGGUGGAGUCAAGAGAGGAACUGAUGUUGUCAAAGCUCUUUGCUUAGGUGCAAAGGGUGUUGGCAUUGGGCGGCCCCCCUUGUUUGGUUUAGCUGCUGGCGGCCCAGAUGGUGUCAAGAAAGUUUUGCAACUCCUCGCGGACGAGACCAAGACUUGCAUGCGAUUGCUUGGCGUUCAAAGAGUCGACCAGCUUGGAAUGCAGCAUGUUAGUAUUCGAAUGCUGGAAAAGCAAAUCUUCGAUGGACCUUCUGGUCUGGAGGCGUGCCGCGCUGCCCAUUUGACUAAACUCUAG